UUGAUAACUCUGCAGGCGAGCGUGGAAGUGCAAAAAUUGUUUUAUCAUCAUUUAUAAUCACAUAUUUUGUUUAUUACCAUAUUGACAUAAUGGAAAUUAGUGAUGUUGAAAUAUUUCGAUCGGUAUUAGUUUUUCUAUGGAUCGUUUAUGGAUGGGAGACGUAUUUAUCUUAUCGACAGAGAAAGAUUUACAGAACAGCAACAGUUGUACCUAAUGAAUUAGAGAAAGUCUUAGACCAAGAAACAUUUGAAAAAGCCAGAUUGUAUGGGUUAGAUAAGAGUAAUUUUGGGUUUUGGUCGAACUUGUAUUCACAGAUUGAGUCUACUUUUAUAUUAUUAAUUGGUGGACUACCUUGGCUGUGGACGAAAUCUGGUAAAAUUUUGGCAAGAUAUGAUUAUGGUCCAGAAUAUGAGAUUACUCAAUCAAUAGUAUUUACAUUACUAGCAACUUUAUUUUCUGUUGUGACAUCAUUACCCUGGUCCCUGUAUAGUACAUUUGUUAUAGAAGAAAAACAUGGCUUUAACAAACAGACAUUGGGAUUUUUCUUCAAAGACCAGAUAAAGAAGAUUGUUGUUAUGCAGUGUAUAGCUUUACCAAUUACAGCCUCAUUAUUAUAUAUUAUUAAAAUUGGAGGAGAUUAUUUCUUUAUAUAUGUGUGGCUGUUUACCCUAGUUAUGUCACUGUUAUUAGUGACAAUCUAUGCUGAUUAUAUAGCACCACUGUUUGAUAAAUUUACACCUUUACCUGAUGGAGAAUUACGAAGGAAUAUCGAAAAGUUAGCUGAAAGUAUAAACUUCCCUUUAAAGAAACUUUACGUUGUUGAUGGUUCGAAGAGAUCUUCUCACAGUAAUGCUUAUUUUUAUGGAUUUUUUAAGAAUAAAAGAAUUGUAUUAUUUGAUACUUUGUUAGAAGAUUUCACUCUUCCUGAUGAUGAUAAGAAAACAGAUGAAACAGAAAAGAAAGAAACAGAUGAUAGUAUUAAAGAAGAGUCAGAAGAUAAAGCCAAGGGAGAUGAAGUUACAGAGAAAUCAGAAGAUGAUAAAACAACAAAAGAUGAUGAAGAGAAGACGGAAGCUAAAGAUAGGAAGAAAGUUGGUUGUAAUAAUGAAGAAGUUUUGGCUGUUUUAUCUCAUGAAUUAGGACAUUGGAAACUAAAUCAUGUUCUUAAAAAUCUUGUUAUUAGCCAGGUGAAUACAUUUCUAUGUUUUAUGAUGUUUGCUAUGUUAAUCAAUCGUAAAGAACUGUUUACAGCUUUUGGCUUUAAUACACAACCAACAUUGAUUGGUCUACUAAUCAUAUUCCAGUUUGUUUUCUCACCUUAUAAUGAGAUUUUGUCAUUCUGUAUGACAGCUUUAAGUAGGAAAUUUGAAUUUCAAGCAGAUGCUUUUGCCAAGAAAUUACAGAGAGCUACAGCUCUGCGAUCAGCAUUGAUUAAACUGAAUAAAGACAACUUGGGAUUUCCUAUAUCAGACUGGUUAUUCUCAACAUGGCAUUAUUCCCAUCCACCAUUAAUAGAACGUCUUAAUGCUUUAGAAAAAACAGAAUAAACAUGACAUUAUUACUAAGAUCUCAACGACUGGUAGUCUAUAUGUCGUGCUGUAUUACCUGACUUUGUUAUCAAAAAUUUUGCAAGUUGAAAGAUGUGUCAGUAGUCUGGAUGUAUUGAAUAAUUGCAAUAACAGAUAACUGAUCAUUGCUAUCAUCAGUCAUCAUUCAGUUAACAUAUUGUACAACAAAGUCAGGUAACUCAAGUUACAGAAUAAGAUGUAUGUCACAAGCCUUAAUAUUGCGAAAUGGCCUAAUCUUUUAAAGUCGCUGAUUGUCAUUUUAGGGAUAUUUUGACCUUUGCAAACUUGUAUAAAUUGAAUCACUAAGAGGAAUAUCAGUGAAAAAAUAUUCAAUUCUGUUCUGUGUUUACAAAGAUAUAAUAAAUUGAAAAUUGGUCAAAAUUUGGCACCCUCUAGAGAUGGGAUAACAUAAAGUCUAGGGCAGACGAGCGUAUUUUCUCACCCAAUUGUGCCGAUUAUAAAAAUUGUUCUAAAAAAUCGCCUGUGUGCCGUUCACGGCAACAAUUAUUCUGCUUGGUGAACCAUUCACCCGCUCAUCUGUCCAUGUUCAGCAUACAUUGUUGAGCCAAUCGGAGACAUCAUUGAGAUCACAUGAUAUCGACGUAAUUUACUCGUGGAGUGGGCCACGCUCUCCAGACGAUCGCUACAUCUAGCCGUUCAUGAUCGUUCAUAAAAAAAAUUGCUGCUGAAUUUAAAUCAGUGCGAUCAGGCAAAAAAAUAUGCUUGUCUGUCCCAGGCUUAAUAUGGUCAAAACAAGCCAAAUAACCUUCGCUAAAAUAUUUUGAUUGGCCUCUUUUUCAAUCAGACUGAAUUCAAGCAGGGGGUUAUCUACCAUUGAUAUUUGGAUUUUCUUUCCUUUAUUAAAUGAUAGAUUAUUGAUUGUAGUGUGGAUUAAGCUGUGAAAAAUUAGAUAUUGUCCGAAAAAAUUGCAAAUGAUGAUGAGCAGCUUUAAUUACAAUUUGAAUGAUGUUAAAUAUACUGUUUGAAUACAUGAAAACAAUAGGUGGUUGAAUUUUUUUUAAUAAUAUAUAUGUUAAAUAAUGUUAAACAAUGUCUUGCUUUCUGUGCAUUGAGAAUUUGAAGUGAAAUUUUAUUUAUAAAGUAAUAAUGAUUACAGCAUAUAUUAUCCCCAUAGCUACUAUAUGACAGAUAUGGUAUGCUAAUGCAGAACUCAGUCUCUCAGAUGUUAUGUAAUUGCUUGAGGUAGUGAAGAAAUGAUCAUCUAAACCAGAGAAACUAGUCUAUAAAAUCUAAAAUAUGAAUCUGUCCAUCACUAUUACAUGGGUCAACGGUUGGAUGAUUUCAGAAGUGAAAAUUAAAAUGAAAUGUAUACAAUUUUCCUUGUUUUUUUUGUAAGUACAUGUAUAUUUAUAUGUAUGUACAAUUAUAUUCAUUUGUAAUUCAUAUCUUUAUCAUGGUGAUAGAAGAGCAGAGACCCAUUUUUCCAUUCAUAAAUAUUAAGGACAAUCUGCUUUCAUUGAUGGUAUUUCUGUACUGGUAUCACGCCUUCAGAUUCAGACAAUUGUUAUUAUGAUAUAAACAAAUAGUAUUGGAAUAAUUAUGUAAUCUAUGCAUUCAAAAUUUACAAAAUUUAAGCCAGCUUAGUGUGACAUUAAUCCUAAUAGUUUUAAAUAAAUAGACAUUGUUUGUCAUAAUAAUCAGUUGAUUGAUUGAAAUAAAUCCUGUUUUAAAUAUUAUACAGUAAGACCUACCUGCAUAAAUGUAUAUUGUGAUUGUAAAAUAAAUGACUAAUAAUAUAAUUCAUUUGAAGUCAUUCCAUUUCACACUUCAGUUUCUUUUGUCCACAAUUGACAGAGGAGAAAAUCAGAUGUAACAAGUACAAAUAGUAGUGUAGUUUGAAAUAGGAGUGGUGCCUAAUGUUCAUUUUAGAUCAUAAGGUCAGUCAUUGAGUCAAUUGGUGUGGUUUGAUCACGCAUUUUGUACCUGAUAAUGAGUAGGCUCGUCUGCCUGACAUCAUGGAUUUUCUCUGGUUCCUUCCACUGCUAAAGACUUCCUACAUGCAAGUGAAUCAUUGAAAUAAAAUUGUACUAUGUUAGUCCUUAAAUAACCUAGUUUUGUUGAGUGGACAUUAAACCCCAUUUGAAAUGCCCUACUCACUAAUUAUCAUUAUUGUUGCAUGUAUGCAGUUCAAAUCGAGUGUAUUUUAAGGGCAUUAUAUAUAUUUUCUACUUCUGAUUCUAAUUACAAGUAAGCUACAGUGAAUCAAAACCCAUUUCCGCUUGUGUUUCUUGUUGACAUUCAUUUAGAAGUAUAAAUAUGCACACCAUCAUUUUAUUUAUUUUAUUAUAAAUGUCAAGUGGCUUUAUUGUAAAUUUCAUUGUAUAUGUUAUAUUAAAUAUGAUUUUAUAAAGAAACUAUUGUUGAUAGAUCAGGUUAUAAAAUCAUGUUUUGAAAUACAGUUUUAUAAUGUUA